UCUGAGGACAAGGAGUAAAUGCUUGUCACCAAGCUGAGCUGCCUGGUCAAGUACAUGAAGAUCAAGUCCCCACAGGGGAUCUAUCUCUUCUCCCUGCCCAUCAAAGAGUCUGAGAUCAUUAACUUUUUUCUAGGGACAUCUCUCAAAGACGAGGUUUUGAAAAUUAUGCCAGUUCAAAAGCACAUUAGCACUCGGCAGCUGACCAGGUUCAAGAUGCUUGUUCCCAUCAGGGACUACAAUGGCCACGCUGGUCAGGGUGUUAAGUGCUCCAAGGAGGUAGCCACUGCCACCCAAGGGGCCAUCAUCCUGGCCAAGCUCUCAUUGUCCCCAUGCAGAGAUGCUACUGGGGGAAUAAACUUGGCAGCCCUGCACAUUCCUUGCAAGGUGACAGACCACUGUGGCUCUGUGCUGAUACAUCUCAUCCCUGCCCCUAAAGCAGCAAACCACUAUCUUAGAGGAACUGACAUUGACUCAGCCCCUGUGCCCAGGAAGCUGCUGCAGAUGGCUGGAGUCAAUGACUGCGACACCUCCGUCAGGGGCUGCAUUGCCACCCUGGGCAACUUCACCAAGGCCACUCUUGACACCAUCUCCAAGACCAGCUACUGA